AUGAUAAUUUACGCGUUUCAGUGCGUAUCGCAAUUCUCAUCCGCUGGUGAUAGCCAUGUUUGGACCACAGAUGAUCUUCUUCCGACAUUCGUAUACGUGACCGUACGUGCCCAACUACAACAUUUAGGCGCCGAAAUUCAUCUUAUCGAAGAUUUUACACCACAGUUGCAAGGAAGUGGACAAAUUGAGUUGAUGUUCACUACACUUAGAGCUAGUUACUUUCAAAUUUGCAGUGAUAAGGAUUUACCUUGA